AUGGAGACCAGGAGAAAAGUGAGGGGGAUCAUAAAACGGGAGAAUGAGGACUCUCGACUCGCUGAGACCAUAAUACGUAAGCAUGUUGAUAAGCAGAGGCUGCGAUUGCAGCUGGAGGAACUGGCUCAGAGAGAGGCUGAGGCCAGAGACGAGUUAAGCGCUGAGGUGAGGCGUGAACUCAAGCAGAAGAGAGAGCAGCAACUUCUGCAGAUCCAUCUGGUGCAAGAACAGAUGAAGACACGCCACCAAUGUGGGCUGGAGCCGGAGUGCAGGAAGGCCCAGCGAAGGUGGCGGCGGACGGAAAAGUGUGCUCAGAACAAUAAACGCCUUCUGGAGGAACGGCAUAUAAGUCAGGAGCAGGAGGAGAGAGAGACCCAGAAGAAGACGGAACAGGAAGAGUACGAGGAGCAAGUGGAGAUGGCCAUCCAUAGAGCUUCCAUGGAAAACCGUAUCGCUCUUCCUCUGGGCCAAAAAAACGGUGAAGUCGAUAACCGUCUUCACUUUUACAAGGACGGACAAGGCUUCCUUGUGACCUCCAAGAGGAAGUUUGAGCCUCGUCAGUCUUUAAUUUUGACCGAUGAGACGCCCAAAAAACAGGUGACAGUACCUCAAGGCAACACUACUCCAAAACCAAAGAGUGUGAAACAACAGAUUGGCUACAAACAGGUGAAACCAAGUCUGAGAGAGGCAAACAUCCUGCAAUUCAGCGUCAGGUGA